AUGAUCAUUUUCAAGAUUGUCGGCUUUCGUCCUCAGAAUCAUCAUUGGGUCCGUUGUAACCGCCACGACCAAAGUUCCAAGAGACCGGAUCGCAUACCUAGAUGUUCUUGCCGUGCCGCAAGGGCUAACACGGGCUGCCAUCUUCAAGUUGGAAACAGUCAGGGAAGAGACGUUCUUUAA